AUGGCUGAAGUUAGAGAUACGACUCCUAAUUAUCCAGUCGAAGAAAUAUUUAAGUGGUUUUGUGAAGGAAAAUCGUUUUGUGGACCUUUUUGGGAUCACGUUACAACAUACUGGAAAGCAAGUGUAGAUAGACCAAAUAGAGUGUUCUUUUUGACGUACGAAGAUUUGAAGAGCGAUACUUUGGGUUAUGUGAAGAAGUUAGCAGAGUUUAUGGGGAAGCCUUUCUCUGAAGAUGAAGAAAUACAAGGCGUGGCUGAAAAAAUAGUGACUCGCUAUAGUUUUCAAGGUUUGAGCAUCUUAGAGGUGAAUAAGACUGGGGGGACAGGAUUAAUUAGUAACAAUGCAUUUUUUCGAACAGGAGAAGUUGGCGACUGGAAAAAUCUUUUGACGGAGGAUAUGGCUAAAUCCAUUGAUCAAAUAACACAAAGAAAUUUCAGUCUUUGGGCUUAA